AUGAAGUUCGGGUGGCUACAAGUAGCCGGCCUAACGGCUUCGGUGGUUAAUGCAGAUCCUCUGGCCUAUUCUCCUCCAUAUUAUCCCUCUCCAUGGAUGACUGGUGCGGGCGAGUGGUCUGAUGCAUACAUACGCGCCGUCGAAUUUGUCUCUAACCUAACAUUGGCCGAGAAAGUCAACUUGACAACCGGUACCGGGUGGGAGCAAGAGCGAUGUGUUGGUGAGACUGGGAGCAUUCCCCGACUUGGGAUGUGGGGAAUGUGCAUGCAGGACUCGCCAUUGGGUAUACGCUUCAGUGAUUACAACUCUGGUUUCCCUUCUGGUGUCAAUGUUGCCGCGACAUGGGAUAAGCGACUUGCCUACCAGCGUGGUACGGCAAUGGGAGAAGAGCACCGCGACAAGGGCGUGGAUGUGCAGCUGGGUCCUGUUGCUGGCCCUCUGGGAAAGUACCCCGAGGGCGGUCGUAACUGGGAAGGAUUCUCGCCGGACCCUGUAUUGACUGGUGUGAUGAUGGCCGAAACCAUCAAGGGGAUGCAGGAUGCUGGUGUCAUUGCUUGUGCAAAGCAUUUCAUUGGAAAUGAGCAGGAGCAUUUCCGUCAGUCUGGCGAGGCUCAGGGAUACGGGUACAACAUCUCUCAGAGUCUGAGCUCAAAUAUUGACGACAAAACCAUGCACGAGUUGUAUCUUUGGCCCUUCGUGGACUCCAUCCGUGCUGGUGUUGGCUCUGUCAUGUGCUCCUACAAUCAGAUCAACAACAGUUACGGUUGCGGAAACAGCUACACCCUCAACAAGCUGCUCAAGGGCGAGCUGGGAUUCCAGGGCUUUGUUAUGAGCGAUUGGGGUGCGCACCACAGCGGUGUUGGGUCUGCUCUGGCCGGUCUGGAUAUGUCUAUGCCCGGUGAUGUCUACCUGGGUAGCCCUUACUCCUACUGGGGUACCAACCUGACCAUCUCCGUUCUAAACGGCACCGUCCCAGAAUGGCGCAUCGACGAUAUGGCUGUCCGAAUCAUGGCUGCUUAUUAUAAGGUUGGACGUGAUCGCGUCAGAACCCCUCCCAACUUCAGCUCCUGGACACGCGAUGAAUACAACUUCCAGCAUGCUAUGGUCAGCGAGGGCUGGGGCAAGGUCAACGAGCGCGUAAAUGUCCAGCGUGACCAUGCCCAGAUCAUCCGCAAGAUUGGCUCUGACAGCACUGUCCUGCUCAAAAACAAGGGUCGUGCACUGCCUCUUACCCAUGACGAGAAGUUUAUCGCUAUUCUGGGAGAGGAUGCGGGCUCUAAUGCUUAUGGCGCCAAUGGGUGCAACGACCGUGGCUGUGACAACGGAACUUUGGCCAUGGGCUGGGGUAGUGGAACUGCCAAUUUCCCUUAUCUGAUUACACCCGAGCAAGCCAUCCAAAAUGAAGUCCUGGAAUACAGCAACGGGCAGACCAACGUCUUCGCUGUGACCGAUAGCUGGGCCCUCAAGGAGAUGGCCGCCCUGGCUGCUCAGGCUGAUGUUGCACUGGUUUUCGUGAAUGCCGACUCUGGCGAGGGGUUCAUCAACGUUGAUGGCAACGAAGGUGACCGCAAGAACCUGACGCUGUGGAAGAAUGGCGAAGAGGUGAUCAAGACUGCUAGUCAACACUGCAACAACACCAUCGUUGUGAUUCACAGCACAUCCGCUGUUCUGAUUAGUGACUGGCCAGGAGAGAGCGGCCGCAGUCUGGUGGACGUACUGUAUGGCCGUGUCAACCCCGGUGGUAAGACUCCAUUCACCUGGGGCAAGGCUCGCAAGGACUACGGGCCUCCUCUCCUCACAGUGCCCAACAACGGUGCGGAUGCUCCUCAGGACGACUUCGAGGAUGGUGUCUUCAUUGACUAUCGCCGCUUUGACAAGGAUAACACGGAGCCCAUUUACGAGUUCGGUUACGGGUUGAGCUAUACCAACUUUACCUUCUCCGACCUGAAGGUCAUUCCUCUUGUCUCGCCUAAAUACAACAAAUACCAAGCAACCACUGGGAAGACCAAAAAAGCCCCCGUUCUCGGUGAAGCUGGCAAGGCUUCGGAUAAUCUGUUCCCCGAAGGAAUUAAGCGCGUCCGCCAGUACCUUUACCCGUGGUUGAACUCGACCGACCUGCGUGCGUCGUCCGGCGACCCUGACUAUGGCAUGGACUCUAAGGACUACAUUCCAGAGGAUGCCACUGACGGCUCUCCUCAGGACCUCCUCCCCGCUAGCGGUAACUCCGGUGGCAAUCCUGGUCUGUUUCAAGACCUCUACCAGGUGACCGCUACUAUCACUAACACCGGGUCCGUGACUGGUGACGAAGUUCCCCAGUUGUACGUUUCCCUUGGUGGCGAUGAUGAGCCGUCGAAGGUCCUGCGUCAGUUUGACAGAGUCACUAUUGCCCCUGGCCAGACCCUCCAGUGGACCACUACUCUGACCCGCCGUGACGUCUCUAACUGGGAUGUUGACUCCCAGAACUGGGUAAUCUCCGACGCCCAAAAGAAGGUGUAUGUCGGUAACUCAUCCCGCAAGUUGCCUCUUUCGGCCGAUUUGCCCUCGGUCGAGUAA